AUGAAUAAUGAUAAUAAUAAUCCAGAAUAAUAGCCUUUCGGAUUAUGGAAUAGAACUGCUAUUGAAAAAAAAACGACACCUUUGGAUUAAGUAAAAACGAUGGCGAAUGAAAAAAUCCAAGAGAUAAUGAGCAAUGUAUUUAGUGUUCUAUUGGAAGGAAGUUGUAAUAAAAGUAGGAAAAGAAUUAGAGAACCUAAAGUAAGAACUGAAAGAGGGUUAUGAUAAAUUGGAUUAGAAGGCGCAGAGUGUUUUACAUGAACAGAAAGCAAAAAUGAAUUUAUGGAUUAAACAAAAAAUAGAAAUGGCAAUAAUCAGAGUUUUAGAGAAGACAAAACCUAUUCUACUAGAAAGCAUUCUUGAUCCUUAUAUGGUAACAAAUUGAAAGAGAUAACUUUAGUGUGAUUGUCUAUCCAAACUCAUUGAAGAUGUAUUCGAAGAGGUGUGGCCAGAUAUCAAAGAAGAAAUUUUAUUACAAAUAAGAGUGAAAUAUGCAGAUCCUUAUGAGUUGGUGGAAUUUCCAAAACCGAAGUUGUGUUGUAUUUAAUACCCUUGGUUUUGGUUCAAGGUAUGGUAUUUAUAUGUUACACAACCUUUUGAUAAAUCCAUAUUUGAGCAAUUACAUUGGUAUUCUUGGUGGCUGAUCUUCAUUGUUCAAUUAAUACCUUUUUAUGGAGUAAUCAAUUCAAUAAAAUAAUUAGAUAUAAGCAUUUAUUUAUGUUUUUGUAUUUUUAUUCAUUGACAAAGAGGAUGAAUAUUAAUUGAUUCGAUUCAUAUUAGCCUUUAAAAGCAUGUAAUUUGUAUCUAUAGGAUGUAAGAAAUAUUUAAUGUAGUGAUAGGAACUAUGGUAGGAUAUUUCACAUUCUAUUCAUGUGCUGUAGUUUCAACUGUAGAUAAAAGUUAUAAAGAUUGCAAAGAUGAUGGUCCUGCAAUAUUUUUAAAUUUUUGGUCUGAUAUUGCAGCUUUUUUACUUCAAUUGCUGUUGGUUUGGUUAGCAAUUAUAUUGUUGAAAUGUUCAAAAAUUAAGGGUCAGGUAAGAUUUAAGCAUGUGUAAGAAUCCUAAUAAUAAAUGAAUAAUAAGAAAAUGUCAAAGCAAUCAUGUUGUUUAUGUUGCUCCUUUAAUAGUAGAGGAGGACGAUUGUAUUGCUUUAUGCUUUACGAUUUGAUUUGUUUUUUAGGAUGUGUGGCCUUGUUUUUUGGUUUGUCUGUCUCUGAUGGGGAGAGAAAGCUAUGGCAAUAUAAAUCUACAAUGUACUUAGCCAAAACAGUCUAUGGGUUAUUGAGUUUUCCUUUUUUGGUGUUUCGUAUUCCAGGACUAACCUGGUUGUUAACUCGUUCUCAUGGAACAGGGUAUGAUUGCAAUGGUAAUUGUGUUCCUUUGGUUUCAAAUUUGCAAUAGUAUCACCUAAGAAAAAAGUCAUAAAAACAGCCAUAUGAUCCAAAAUAUGCAGUUUAAAAUGAAGACUUUGAUGUAAUGGAGGGAGUGGAAUUAAUGGAUGAAUUGGUAAAUUGA